UGUGUCCAAAGCUGAUGGUAUUCCAGAUAUGGAUACAUUAUUCUGUCCCAGAAUAUCCCACACUACCUCUGAUGUGGCACUCAAAGUAGGGCAUAGGGAUGUUACUUACAUUAAGAAAAUUGAGAAAGUGCAAAAUAAUACUUAAGUAUCAAUUGAUGACAACCUUACAAUUUUAUAAAUCUUUAUAUGCACAUUCAUCAUAUAACAUUAGAAUUGCUUUUAUUGCAUGUAAUUGAUUUAUACCCACUUGGAUGUCCCACUUCUUCUGCAUUAGAUCUAUGCUUUAAACAACAAACCAACAAACCAAAUCAUUGGAUAAAAGUAUCAGUUAAUGCAUCAUAUGAACCCGAGAAUUAUUUUAUUUGGUCCAACCAUAGUUUGAUGUUAUCGACAUUUGUCAGGAGUUUAGUCAAUAACUUGGAAUAAUGUUGGCACUUGUAUCUGAUAGGCUAAGCCUCCAGAUUGAUCAAUUUGUAUUCCUUUGUAGUUAUUGAGGAAUGUUAUUCAUUAACCAAGAUCUCUUCGGAUGAUCAUUUGGCUUGAAACUGAAGGGAAAGUUGGAACAGUAUCACGGUUAUUCAUACGGAAAAUGGAAUCACUAAGCAUAUUGGCUAUUGCCACCAUGCUCUUUGUUUUUGAAAUAAUUGCUGGCGAUCAUGCCAGGAGUAUCUCUAUCGAAAUGUAUUCUGAGUGUACUCAGUUCGUCUCUCCCAUGAAUGAGACUGUAGUUCAAGACAUACUUAGUGUUACCUCGUGUGCUGUUCAGUGUGCCCCAGACACCAGGUGUGUGGCUUUCAGCGUGUCUGCAACUGAUGACAUAUGUAUGCUUCAUCGUGAGAUGUUCCUGACAGGAAUCUGCUACACUGGCGAGUGGUACUUUUACAAUGUCCAGGACCGAUGCAUGAAUGGGGGCGACUACAGCCAGGACAAACAUAUUUGUCAAUGUUAUGGUGGAUAUAUUGGCCAGUUCUGUGAAAGAAUAAUGCAGGAUUGUUCAGAAGGAUAUAAAUCAGUUCAUUAUCAUUCGGGAGAAGGAAUUUACCUUAUUCACCCAAGCAUGGCGCCUUUCCCAUUCAGUGUUUGGUGUAGGAUGCAGUAUGUUGGUAACACAUACAUUCAAAGGCGGAUAGAUGGGUCGACCAGUUUUAACCGAUCAUGGCAAGAUUACAAAAAUGGCUUUGGGGACCUUUCCAAAAACUUUUGGCUUGGAAACGACAAAAUUGCCUACAUAACAAAUGGACGCGCGCAAAAUCUCAUCUUUGAGACAAAGGACGAGAGCUCCCCCAAUAUCAGGCAGCGGGUGUACAAGGAGUUCGUUCUAUCCCAAGAUGGCCUGUAUUCCAUGACUUACACAAAUACAUGGGGGCAUGGCGAGCCUUCACGUCAUGGCGGUGAUUGUUUGGUGGAACUGAAGGGGCAACCCUUCUCUACCUUCGACCAAGAUCGUGAUGAUAGUCCUCAAAACUGCGCUCAGGAACAUGGGUCUGGGUUCUGGUUCAAGAACUGUACCGCGUGCAACCCUAAUGGCGUUUGGUCAGACCCCCCAGAAAAGAAGAGAGCUGGAAUACCUGAGGAGAUGUUCUGGGACCCUGUUUCAGGAGAUAACCUGAUUAUGCUUUGCUAUGCCUUUUUGGCAGCCGUUUAAAUGUACCUGUACAUUCUAGAGUUGAAAUUCAUUAAAGCUCCUCAAAACUGCGCUCAGGAACAUGGGUCUGGGUUCUGGUUCAAGGACUGUACCGCGUGUAACCCUAAUGGCGUUUGGUCAGUGACUCCAGAAAAGAAGAGAGCUGGAAUACCUGAGGAGAUGUUCUGGGACCCUGUUUCAUGAGAUAACCUGAUUAUGCUUUGCUCUGCCUUUUUGGCAGCCGUUUAAAUGUACCUGUACAUUCUUGGGUUGAAAUUCAUUAAAGCUUCUAAAAUGUA